CCAGUUAGCUGUUCAAGACUUUGAUAACGGCCAUGUCUCUGCCUUGUCAGCCAGCGUCCAUCUGACAUGGAUUAGAAAUUCAAAUCCUGCAGCCCAGACCGCAGCAGGAACGAGAUCUCUGCCCAACACGGAGUCCGGAGUGGCUUAGCAGAGGAAGACUUCUUGCAUGAUACAUCGGAUAGAGCUUUCUGCGACAUACAUAUCCCGAUACACCCCGCUCAAGCCUACCUAUACCAGCAACAGAGCAAAAUUACUCCUCCAGAAUGUCACAAAUCAAGUUCUUCUUCGCGACAGGCGCAUGCUCCUUGUGCCCGCAUAUUCUUCUCCAUGAAGUUGGAACAGACUUUGAACCGAUCAUAGUCAAGAGAAAUGGAACAGAGGUCCACUUCCCGGAUGACUUCCACCGCAUCAACCUUAAGAUGCGCGUGCCCGUUAUUUCUAUCAACAACCAGGUAAUCACCGAACUACCAGCCGUGGCUACAGCCAUCUCCAGCCUCGCCCCAGAGAAACACCUGAUGGGCCGCACGCCAAUGGAAACGGCAAAAAUAUACGAAUGGUUGAACUAUCUCUCGGGGACGUUGCACGCGGGUGGCUUCGGUCAUCCCUGGAGACCGGAACGCUGGACCACAUCAACUGACCCCGCAAGCCUAGACGCCGUCAAGGCCAAAGCCUUGGAGACGAUAUUGGAAGCUUACCAGUACAUUGAAGGAAGAUUGAACGGGGCCCAUGCUGUGGGUGACUACUUUACAGCGGUCGAUCCCUUCUUGUACGUUUUCUACAGAUGGGGCUGGAUCAUUGGCCGCGACAUGUUGGCGUAUCCGAAAUACUCGGCUUUGGUUCGGAAUUUGGAGACUCGCUCGGCUGUGAGGGUGACACUGGCCAAGGAGGAGCUUGCAUCUCAGUUUUAAACCGAUGUUCGGCUUUAAAGUGCAUAUAUGUGACACUACAUAGCUGUUUAUACAUUAUUUUCUCAGGAACCAGACGAAUUCUGGGUGUAUGUACCCCUGGUAAUUGCCCCAUGAAUGACUCCAUAUGUAAUGUUACUAUUACUAGACAGAAUUACGGCAGAGCCU